AUGACAUAUACUGAUAGUCGAUAUAAUACUUUAAAUAGAGGUAGCAAGAAAAUGGACCCUCCAUUCAUUACUCAAGAAGUAUUAGCAAGUGCAAAAAUAUCUAAAAAAGAUAAUAUAUUAAUCAAUGCAAAUGCUGAGGAUGGUAGUGUUCAUACAUUCUCUGAAGAAGAAAAAGUUGCUUAUUCAAAAUUUAUAACAGAAAGAUUGAUAGAUCAAGAGGAUGUUUUAUCAAAUUAUGUUCCAAUUGACCCAUCAACUGAUCAAUUAUUUGUAAAUUGUACAGAUGGUGUUUUACUAAAUAAAUUAAUGGAAUCAUUAUUUUUAACACAAGUUAAUUUAAAAGGACUAUGUAUAAAAAAUAAAAUGAAUCCAUUUGAAAUGAUUCAAAAUCAAAAUAUAGUAAUUAAAAAUGCAAUUGAAGUUGGUUGUAUUAUUGUAAAUAUUGGUGCACAAGAUUUAAUGAAUGCAACACCCUAUUUAGUAUUAGGUGUAAUUUGGCAAAUUAUUAAACAAGGUUUAUUAUCAAAAGUUAAUCAAAAUGCAAAUGAAAUUUUAGAAAUAUUAUUUGAAGAAGAUUCAGUUAAAGAAGUUGAUAAUACACAAAAUCAAUCAGAUGAACAUUCAGCAGAGGAAAUUUUAUUAAGAUGGGUAAAUUAUCAUUUAGAGAAAGAAGGUUGUGAAAGAAGAAUUAGUAAUUUCAGUGAGGAUAUUCAAGAUAGUGUAGUUUAUUCACAUUUAUUUCAUCAAUUAGUACCAAUUGAAUUUGAGAAUUUAGUUUCAACAAUUCAUUCAGAAUCAAAUCUAUUCUCAAGAGCUGAGUUAAUUACAAAGGCAUGUGAAAAGAUUGGUGUAAAAUGUUUCCUUACACCAUCUGAUAUUGCAUUAGGUCAUCCAAAAUUAAAUUUAGCAUUGGUUGCCUCAUUAUUCAAUUCAGAGGCUGCAAUUGCAAAUUUACGUAAAGAGAGGGAAGAAAAGCAUAGAACUGAUCAAGAGCGUUUAGAACGUGAACGUUUAGAACGUGAACGUAUAGAAAGGGAGCGUUUAGAAAGGGAGCGUUUGGAACAAGAACGUUUAGAGCGUGAACGUUUAGAGAGAGAACGUUUAGAGAAACAACGACAAGAAAUGGAACGUAUUGAACAAGAACGUAUUGAACUUGAACGUUUAGAGCGUGAACGUUUAGAACAGGAGCGUCUUGAACAGGAGCGUAUUGAACGUGAACGUUUAGAGCGUGAACGUUUAGAACAAGAAAGAUUAGAACAAGAGCGUCUUGAACGUGAACGUCUCGAACAGGAGCGUUUAGAAUGUGAACGUUUAGAACGUGAACGUUUAGAGCAAGAGCGUCUCGAGCAAGAACGUUUAGAACGUGAGCGUAUUGAACUAGAGGAAUUGGAACGUAUUGAACGUGAGCGUUUAGAAUAUGAAGAACGUGAACGUAUUGAACGUGAACGUAUAGAGCGUGAACGUGAAGAACUUGAAGAGCAAGAACGUCUAGAGUAUGAGCGUCUCGAACAAGAACGUAUUGAACGUGAAGAAAUGGAGCGUAUCGAACGUGAACGUAUUGAACGUGAAGAAUUUGAACGUCUCGAAGAAGAACGUAUUGAACGUGAGCGUGAAGAAGCCUUACGUCUAGAAGCAGAAAGACUCGAAAGGGAAUUACGUGAACGUGAACGUAUAACUAGACAAAGUGAAUUAGAACGUAUAGAAUACAAUAAAGAAUAUAAAAUUUGUAUUAGAAUUCAAAAGAGAAUGAUCGAUGAUACCUCACUCACUGAUAAUAUGACAAAGUUAAUUGGUGAUAUAACAGAAUUGAAAAGAAAUAUCAUUGGUGAACUUAGAAAUACAACUCAUCAUCAAGCAGAAUUGAAAAAACUUACUAAAUCAAUCGAUCGUGUAUUGGAGAAUAAAAAUGAAGGUAAAAAACUAAAGAAACAAAAGAAAGUAAUCAUUAAACCAGUUAAAGGUGUACCAAAUGGUUUGGAUCCAAAUAAAAUGAAAAACUAUCAAUCACUAUUUUAUUAUCUUCAAACCAGACCAGAGGUAAUGGGUAAGCUGUUAUUCCUUUUAGAUAGAAAUCAAAUGGGUAAAACUUUUGAUAAUCUCCUCCUUUCAAUGUUUCCAUAUGAAAUUUCACCACGUGAAGAGGAUUUAUUCCUAAAAGCCUUAACCGUUGGUAUUGAAUAUCAAAUUAAGUACUCUGAAACCCUACAAGAUUUCCUUCAAUCAGAAUCGGUGCCAAUGAAAUUACUUUACCAAUAUUUUAAGAAAAAAGGGUUCAAAUAUUUAAAAGAGAUUAUAACUCCAUUGAUUUUAAAAGUUUUAGAUCAAACUGAUUUAAAUUUAAAUUUUGAUCCUUAUUGGAUUCAAAAAGAGAUUCAAAUAGCUAAAGAAUUAAAAGAUGGUAAAAAGAGUGAAAAGAAAACACUAGAUCAAACAUUUGAACAAUUGAUGGCAAAUAAUGAUGUAGUAUCUAUUUUCAAUUCAAGAUGUCUUCAAUUGGUUGAGCUUGGUAAUGCAUUCUUAGAACGUAUAACAAAAUCAAUUGAACAACUACCAGUUCAAUUACGUUAUCUUUGUAGAAUAAUUGCAGAGAAAUCAAAAUAUGCUUUUCCAACCAAUAAUACCAACAAUCACCACAAUGGCGGUGGUAUUUCAAGUGAUGAAAGUGGUAGUACCACAGCUAAUAUAACUUUAAAUAAUAAUCGUUCAAAACAAUUACCAGAGAAUCGUGAAAAGUAUAUUUCUUACUUUUUAAUUAUUUAUCGUUUCAUUAUUCCAAUUAUUUCAUCACCAGAUCUUUUAAAUGAAUUAGUAUUACUUCAACAUCCAUACAUUACAAAACAAAGUCGUUUCAAUCUAUCACAAUUAUCACGUUUAAUUCAAUCGGUUUUCUCUGAAAAACCUUGGAUGAAUUAUUUCCCAACUGUUUAUCUCAAUAAAUGGAUCAUUCAAAAUUCAUCAUCCGCUGAUAAAUUCCUUUGUCAAGUGGCACAAGUACCAGAUUUAGAUGAAUUAAUUCACUAUAGCGAAUAUAAUGAAAUCAUGUUGGAAAAUAAUAUUAAAUUUUGUUCAGUAAUUAAUAUCUCUGAGAUCAUUUGGUUACAUGAAACUAUUCUUUCAAACUUUUAUGAUCUUGAAGAUAUUGGUACAUUGAAAGAGGUCUCUGAGAAAUCAAUUCAAAAUUUAGCAGAAAGAGCUAUAAACUCAAAAUUGGAUAAAGGUAAAUAUGUUACAGCCGCAAGACAAUCGACUCCAGCCAUCAUGACUAGUCAAAAAUCACAAAAUUGGCCAUUGAAAAAGUAUUUAGAUGAAAUCGAUUUCCCAAUUCAAUUACCUGAACAAGGUGAUCGUUCAAUUCAACUCUCUUUUAUCAAUCGUUUAGAUCAAUUGAAUGAACAAUCCAUUGAUCUUUGGAAAGAAUGUAAACUUUGGAUGAUCGAUAUCCUUUCAAAGAGUCAACCACCAAAAAAGAAUGCCAAUACCAUUGAGAUCAUUCGUGAAGCUAUCGAUUACUUUAAAACUGGUAGUAACUCUUCAGAGAAUCUAUCAAUAAUCAAUAAAUCCAAUGAAUUAAUCUCACGUUUAAGAACAUUUGAUCGUGAUCAAUGUACCGAUGGUUUGGAUGGUGGUGGUCCUGAUAAUUUCAAUCUCUUCCUAUUGGAUGUUGAAAAAGAGUUGGCUACAAUUCUAAGAAAGAAUAAAGUUAUGAGAUCAGAGUUAACUCGUCUUCAUAGUCUUUUGAAAUCGAUUAGAAUUGAUGCCGCCCCUCUUGAACAUUUAACUAAAUUCCAAAAUGAACAACUUGAAAAAGCAAUCGUAAAGAAACAAUUAAAAACAACUCAAUUAACUCCAUUACCAAAAGAUAAAUCAACAAUUAAACCUCAUAAAUUCAUUCUAUUGGAUCUUGUAAAGAAAGGUAUGAUACUUCGUUGUGAAUUACCAGAAUCAAGUUUUAGUAAAACAAAAAUUUAUAUCAAAUCUUUAGGUCCUGGUUUAUUUGAAAUUGAAGCUAAAUUUGGUCCAAUCACAAAAUCCCUACAAUUAGAAUUAGAUGAUCUCUUGGAAAAAUCAAAAAAUCAUAUUGAUGAAUUCCCAUUAGAAGGUAUAACUUUAGAUGUAACUUUAACAAUUCAUUUAUUAAUGAAAUUAUUUAGUUUAUAA